AUGGCCACCUCGUUCCAACCUAAUGUCCAUUACACCUUCGGGACCCCGCUUUCUCCCACCUCCCUCUUCGGUCCUCGUCGAGCAUCCGACAUUCUUGAGCAAGAAAACUACACCAACACCGUCUUUCAAGCUGGUACCUCCCGCCGAGGAUCUAGAAAACUCAGCGGCGGAAAUACCAGUCUCGCCGACGUGGUCAAUUCUCUUGCCCGCCGAAGCAGCGACGCUAUGAUGACGUCGAAAAUCACCGACGCCGACUACGCCAGUCUGCUGGAAUGGAUUCGCUCCGAUCGCAUGCACAAGCUCCCGCCAGAGGGUAGCAGCUAUGAUAAGGCCCUGGUCUGGGCGGCCUUAUUCGUGGAGCGGUUGCAUUCGUUUGAUUCGGCCAUUGAGCAGUUCGCUGGCGAUAGUCACAUGGCGGCGCAGCUAGCUUAUGUUCAUUGUGCUAGCCUGCUAGAGCACGGCGAGCAAAAUGCCCCUGCCCUGCAGGAUCUCUUCGGGUUCUUCUACCGCUGCUCAGUUGGACUCGGCAACCUGCUGGAUCGGGUGGAGUUGUUUACUGUCUCGCAGGAUAUCAAGGACCAGCUCGUUCUUGCGUUGGCUGACCUGGUCACGCUGGUCGUUGGCGUUGCGAGCCACUUUCACCGGUCUUUGCUCACCUCCGAGUCUGUAUCGAUCGAUAUCUGCAGCACGUUCCCUGGCCCCAUUGACAGCUUCCGUGGUCGCUGCGAGCAUGUCUCCGAGUUGAUGUGGAGGCAUCAACUCAUGCGUGAGGGCCUCAACGGGGAUAAAGUCACCGAAAUCAAAACCAUCCGAGACUGGCUCGAGCCCGAGGACCCCGUUCUCGCCAACAUCACCGAAACCACCGCCCAUUUUGCCCAGGAGCGCGAGGAAUCCACCUGUCUCUGGGCUACGCAGUACCUGACGCGGUUCCUCAAAGGCCAACAGCAAAUCCUAUCCUUCGUGGGAAAGCCAGGCUCUGGCAAAUCAAUUCUGUCCACGGUCAUCAACGAUCUUCUUCAGCAUCCCAUCGGAGGCGUGACCUACAAAUCUAUCUUUGCACCUAUUAAUACUCGCAUUCCCGCCAAUACCACUCCCCGCGCCAUCGCCAAGACCAUCCUGUCUCAGUUGUUCAGCAAGCGCAUCGGCAACGUGCGGCUGUAUCAGAUUCUCGCGGAUGCAUAUUCCCGCAGCCAAACUACGAUCGAGGAAGAAGACUAUGACGAUGUCCUGUGGACUGCCCUGGGCAGCGCCCUCAAAGCCAGUCUCCAGGGCGCCAAGCAACUCGUCCUGGUGGUCGAUGGAGUGGACGAGGCCAGCUGCGGCGAGACGGUCUUGUUGAAGAGACUGCACAAUGCGGCCCAGAAUGCGACCAAUGUCAAAUUGAUUAUUUUUGGCUCCCACAAACAGACCUCGAGUGCCUCGCAUACCGCCGUCAACAUCACCCCGGAGCUGGUCUUCGACGACAUUGCGGCGGUGUCUCGGAAGAUCCUGCAGCAGAGCCCUGCCUUCACCUCCAUGUCUGGGGAAGACCAGGAGAUCAACGUCACUCGCAUCACGGAGGCAUCUCACGGCUCGUUCUUGUGGGCCAAGUUGGCCACGAAGCGGGUUCGGGAGGAGCAUCCAUCCAAUGCAGAGGGGCUGGCCAAGUCCAUCGAGAGUGUGGCCAAGGCAGGCUACUCGAUCACCGACCUGGUGUCCCAUGCCUUGCGCGCGAAGCUCAGUGAGGAUGGAAAGAAGAUCAUCACCUGGCUGGCCACGGCAGUUCGACCUCUCACCCAGCAAGAGUUGACAGCUCUGGUUUCUAUUGACUUGGAAAAGUCCUCCAUCACGGAGCGCGAGGUCGACCUUCCACACGUCCUCAAGCCUGUUGCUUCGUUGGUCUUCUUCCAGAACAAUUUGGUGUUCCUCCGACAUGGCCAAUUCCGGACUGCCAUCCUCGACAUCUUCGCCAAAGACAAGUUCCUGCCCGCCAUCAAGAACCGAAACAGCGACUUGACUCAACGGCUGCUCUUAUACACCAAGCAUAGCGUGACGGAGAGCCAUGAUCCGUCGCUGACCCCGUUGGACGAGAGCGUGGUCGACACGCAUCUGGACAAGCAUCCUCUGCUGGACUUUGCUCUCCGUUACUGGGUCAAUCAUGCCAAGAUUGCGUUCGGUUGUACUACCGACCAGGAGAUUGUCACCGCUGCAAAGGAGCUGCAAUCGGUGAUCCCGACCUCUCCGACGGUGCCUCUGUUGGAGAUGGCCGUGUGGGAAGCCAAGUCAACGCCAGCCCUAAAGUCGUUGCACGAGAUCCAGACGCGUCUGUACCGCCAGAUCUUGACCACCAACCAUCCCACCACUCUGCAGACUAUCCUGUGUCAGGCCCUUUUCUACCGACGCAUCCACGACAGCCUUCCGGCUCAGAUUAGUCAGAUUUUCUACGACGCUGCCCAGAUCAGCAAGGACGUGCUCUCCGACAGGCACCUCAUCACCAUGCAGAUGACCAAGUUCUUCCUGGAAAUUACCGCGGAUCAAACCUCGGAUUCCAAGACCGACAUCAUGGUCAAGCGGGUGGAGAUGCUCGAGCUACUAGUGGAAUGCUACAAGGUCCACUACGGAGCCACCAGCACCACGGUCACCUCGACGUUGAGCCAGCUGGUCGAGCACUACCAUUCGAUCAAAGAGGAACACAAGGCACAGCAGAUCACCACGCUGCUUCAAGGCUCCACCACGGAGGGUCAUCACCAGCGCAGCGGGUCGCGUCAGAUGGAUGAAUCCUUGUUGGUCCACCUUCGCGGCCGUCAAGACACCGAAGGCGGCACCGCCCUGGCCCUGGAUGGCGUCGAGGCGGACGAGCUGAUCACCUGGUCUGUUGACUUCGAGAGUCUUUUCUCCAAGGCAGAAAAGGCCGUUGCUGCUGGCCACAUGAAAGAGGCUGAAAGCGCCUACGUGGAGCUCUGGCAGCAGGCGAGCAAGGAAUACCGCCUACGCGAGAACGAGGCGGCCUCCAUCCUGGAAGGCUUCUGGGAGGAAUAUGAACAGAGCACCUCGACCUCCCAGGCCGUGUUGUCCCAGUUCCUCGAGGUGGCCAAGGUCAUGAAGUCCGUCGGCAUGUCGGUGUUGGCCCUCAAUGUGUUCAAACACUGCUGCCAGCACAGUAGCCACGAAAGCUCCACGUACAAGGAAGCUGAGCAGCAUAUCAAGUCCACCUCUCGCGAGGUGCUACGGAUGGCCUCCUCGUCCACCUCGGCGGUCACCGAGUCGACUUUGCAAGAAAUCGUGUACGAGUCAUCCAGCACCGAUCAGGAGUCCAUCUCGGCCACCAAGAACCUGGUGGAAAUCUACCUGGCGCAGCACCGGUGGCACGACGCUACCAGGACUCUGAAACAGGUGCUGCGUGGGGUCUGGCCGGCGUUGUUUGCCCCGUCGCUGGACGAUGUCGUCCUUCCCUCCACCAAUGUGGAAUACGCCGUCGAGCUUGCAGAGCGUCUCAGCAACUGCUACCGUUCCCGACGUCAUCAUAUCAAGGAAGAGGACAUCCGGGGCCGUCUGUAUCGUGCUGUUCGCCGAGACCGACCAGCCGGUGACAAGCUCUUGAGCCGGGUGACUUUGAGUGUUCUGCGUCUCUACGAGCGCACCUCCCAGACCGACAAGGCCAUCACCGUCCAUCAGGACAUUCUCAAUGCCUACACCAAGCGCUUUGGCAGUGACCACCCGACUGUCCUCAAAGAGCUCUGGACCUUGGCUGAGCUGACGCGUCCACGACCCGUUGCCGUCGAUUACUACCGUCAAAUCGUUCAUAUCCUGAACAAGGACUCGGAGACCUGUCACCCUGAUGCAUUUGAGCCCUUGCUCAUUGUGGCCACCGAGCUCUUGAACCAAGCCCGGUACCCAGACGCACUGAAGCCAUGUCGGGUGCUGUUCAACACCAUGCAGAACCCAAAGAUCAGCCAGAAGCUACAGGACCAAGCCUUCGUGCAGACCAUUUACGAGCGCUACGUCCACUGCUUGCGCAUGGUCCACAGCGACACGGCGUCCAUCCACGAUGUGACGGUGCAAUACCGCAAGUCGUGCAUCAGUUUGUUUGGCGCCAACGCGACAGUCACCAUCCAGGCCACCAAGAUCCUGGCCAACAUCUGUCAGGAAUCCAAGCGAUACGAGGCAGAGGCUAUCCAGCUAUAUGAGGAGCUUCUCCGGACCAAGUCCACCGAGGUUGAGAUCGACCACCAGGACAUCCGCGCCACCCUGGACGCCAUCUACGAAGAGCAGAAUGUUUCGGUGACUUCAUCCAAGUUUGAGGCGAUGAGCACGCAGGAAGCGCAAAAGUGGGUGUCGAUUCGCACCAAACGCCUGUCCUCCAUCCGCACGACCCAGGGAUGGGCCCAUGAGGAGGCUUUGUCUCAGAUGGAGGAGAUCGUCAGUCUCUACUCCAAGCGUGGAGAGACCCAUACUGCUGCUUCCAUGCUGCAGGAAGCCACCACGCAGAUCCUGUCCACCGAGACGUCUUCCACCCGGUUAACUGCCGCGGCCAAGAGCAUCGCCUCCAGCUAUAUCGCAACCGGGCAGGUUGAAAAGGCCAAGAGUCUCAGCCAGGAGAUCUACCGGCAGUUGGUCACCAAAGACACCUCCAAUGUCAGCUCCUACGGCUUCAACAUCACCACCAACCAGCGACAGAGCCUGGCAUUCCUGGCGCAACUCGAGUACAGCCUCCGGUCCCGAGAAGAUUCCACCGUCACGUUGAACGAGAUCUACUCGGCCCUGACCACCGAGUACCUAUACUUCGAGCAGUUCCGCACCGAAAUGAGCUCCAAGACCAGCAGUCUCCAAAAAGUCACCAUUUCCGUGGCCCGUCUGCACGGAUUCCUACUCGCUCGAGGCCGCCAGUCAGCCGCCACCCGAGUGCUCGAGCAAUUCACCAACUACUUCCUGGCCACCGAGGGCGCCGGCCUCAAAGUCAACAGCCACCAGGCCAAGGUCUUCACCGAAACAAUCCUGGACUACUUCAGCACGCACAAGUCGCAGGACCUGAUCCGCUCGGUCGCCAUCGCCAGCUACAACCGCACCACGCAACUGCUAGCCUCCAACAACUACCAAUCUGCCUGCGACCUCGCCCUGACCGCAUUCAAAUAUAUCUGGGCCCACACGGGCUACUCAUCAGAAGCCACCCUCAAGCUAGUCUUCAAACUCGGCCUCGUCAUCGCCGGCCGCGACCUCAAAGCCCGUCCUGCAGCAUCCAUCCGCAAAGAAAUGCUCCGCGUGUCCGCCACCAUCAUGCACGACACCCUAGACUACUUCAAAAAACACAACAUCGACCUCUCCCAACUCGACCUCGUCAACCUCAACAGCCUCAUCGGCAUCCUCGACGAACAACACGACUACCAAACCCUGGCCUGGGUCCUCACCUCCCUCUGGACCAGCCGCGACGCAUACGAACUCUCCCAGCCGCAAUACACCUACACCCUCGCCCUAGGCCGCAUGCUCGUCAUCACCCGCUACCUCAUCGGCGAAUACACCUCCGCCAUCCGCCUCGCCGAAGACAUCGUCUACAACUGCGCGCGCGUCCACGGGCCCCGCCACCCCAGCACCGUGGAAAUGACCGUCCUCCUCUCCCAAAUGUACACCAGCGUGGCGCAGGGGUACCAAAACCAAAAAGACCGCCGCGAGCUCGCCUACCGAUACUACAAGAAAGCGGCGGGACUUCACGAGAACGCCUUGCGGUUCUUCAUCGACCCGACUUCCGUCUCCUCUACGGAAAUGGAAUCAGGCACUAUCUCCGGCCUGUCCUCCCCGUCUUCUAGCCCGGGCGAAGCCACCGAAGAAGAAGGAAAGUAUGUGCGGCAGCACCUCCAUCUGCUUAAGUUGGCGGUUGAACGGCUGGGGGAUUGGCCGAAGGAGUAUUCGGAGUAUGAACGGUUGAAUACGGACCUGUUCCGGACAUUUUCGAAUGAUUUGAAGGGUGUGGAGGGGAUCGAGAAGUGGAAUUUGAAAAGAUUCGGAUCUGGGAAGGCAGAGGCCAGCGAUGAUCUUAUUUCGGAGGCCAAUCAGGGAGUGGGGUUUUAUGAACGAUUGGCGAUUGCGGUGUGAUUGGGAUGAUGUAGGUGCAGGUGCA